AUGCAAUAUUUACCAAUUCCGGGCAGUGUCAAAGAGAUGGUUUCACAAAAACUAGCAAUGGGUGUGACAACCGAAAGAAUUCUUGAUGAUAUAUGGAGUGGCAUAGGCAACAGAUGUGAGAGAUCAUCAUUCAAUGAGCUUGUGAAACGAGAACACUUUAUCACCAGACAGGAUGUUCACAACUUGGCACGAUCAAUGUCAGAGCUCAACCACUCUAAUGAUGCACAAUCUGUCAAAGCAAUUGUUGAAAAACUUGCCACAGAACAGUUCAAUCCAGUUUUGGGCUACAAGGAGUUUGGCGUGCACGAUAACAACUUUCCUAAUUUACCUACAGACUCAUUUCUCCUAAUACUACAAACGGAACAUCAGAAACAAAUGUUUCAGAGACAUAGUGCACGAGUUGUCUGUGUUAAUUCAACACAUAAUACAAACCAGUAUGACUAUAAGCUCAUCACAAUGAUGAUGAGAGAUGAUUACGGUCAAGGUAGAUAUAAAUAUUUAUCUAUAAAUGUUUACUCACCACAAAUAAGAGUUACACCCUUUCCUACUUCUUGUAACUUUGCACUUUGUAGGGAAAACUGUAGCUUGGGCAAUCAGUAGCAAAGAGGAAACUGCAUACAUGAUAUACUUUUUUUGAAGUUGUCAAGAAAGCAU